AUGCUGGAGGUGACUGUGAAUGAUAGGUUGGGUAAGAAAAUAAAAGUGAAAUGCCUGGAAGACGAUACAGUUGGCGACUUCAAAAAAGUUCUCUCCCUGCAAUUAGGGUCCCAUUCUGGCAAAAUCGUCCUUCAGAAAGGCGGGUCAAUCCUCAAAGAUCACAUCACAUUAGGAGAUUAUGAGAUUCAUAACGAUACAAAUUUGGAGCUGUAUUAUAUGUAA